CUAAUUUGAUAGUUUAUUGGAAAUUCAUGGACCGUUAAAUAAUUAGCCGAAAUCAAAUACAUUUAAAAAUAUCCAAGAAAAUAUACAGAAAGAAAUGAAAUGAAAAGAACAAAAAAAACUACAUCCUCGUCAGGUCAGGUGAAGUGGCGCGAAAGAAAUAUCGGUUCGCUGGCUCUUCCCUGUCCGUUAAACUUCCCUUCUCAAUUCAAGAUAACAUCCGCCAGCCCCUCCAUCAUCGUCGCCGACGCUCCAAAUCACGAUGUACAGCUGCGGCCGAGGCCUCUCGUCUUGGCCCAACCAGCCGCUGAUUCAACCCAGCUUCCCCAACCCUCAAGCUUUCCUCUGCUCUUGCAAAUCCACCGUUAACUCGCCGGACCAGACCACGUCAUCCUUACAAUCCCGCUCCGAUGGCCGCCGAUGGUCCGAGCGCCAAUGGUACAAUCCUCUCGGCCGCCUCUGGAUUGACGCGGACCACCGUCCAAUCUCAUCAUCGCAAGAGAGAAUCACCGUUGUCUCGUAUAACAUACUGGGGGAUCGAAACGCUUUUAAUCACAGAGAUCUAUACCUAGAUGUUCCUUCUGCCUACUUGAAUUGGGAUUAUCGCAGAAGGCUCAUUUGCGAGGAAUUAGUUGGAUACAAUUGCGAUAUCGUCUGUCUACAGGAGGUGGAUAGGUACGUUGAUUUACUCAAAGUCAUGCAGAAAGCUGGGUAUGAGGGUUCCUACAAGAGGUGUACUGGGGAUAAGGUUGACGGAUGUGCUGUGUUCUGGAAAGCUGAUAAGUUGCGACUUUUAGAAGGAGAGAGCAUCGAAUUUAAGCAACUUGGUCUUCGCGAUAAUGUUGCUCAAAUCUUUGUUUUUGAGACCUCUGAAGCUGAAUCAAGAAGGAUUGUUAUCGGUAACAUCCAUGUGAUCUAUCGCCCAAGUCGAGGAGAUGUCAAAUUAGGCCAAAUUCGUUUUCUCUCUUCGAGGGCACAGUAUCUCUCAGAGAAAUGGGGUAACGUCCCUGUUAUUUUGACCGGUGACUUCAAUAGCACUCCCCAGAGUGCAAUAUACAAGUUCUUAUCAUCAUCCAAGCUCAAUGUAAAGUUGCACGAUAGAAAAAACUUGUCUGGACAGAGGAACUUCCAUCCUGCUGAAGUUUUCGGUGCCAAAAGAGAAGCUGGAAGUCCCUUUGUAUUAAUAGACAGGUUUCUCGAGAGUUCCUGGACAGCUGAGGAAGUUGAGGCUGCAACUGGCCACUCUAACCGUGAUUUUGCUAAACACCCUUUGAAGCUCUGCAGCUCUUAUGCCACAGUUCAUGGUUCCAAAACGACAAGAGACCUCAGUGGUGAACCUCUAGCAACAUCAUUCCACUCAAAAUUUGUUGGGACUGUUGACUACCUGUGGUAUUCUAGUGGAAUUCAGGCCACUGGAGUUCUAGAUACUCUUCCGUUGGAUUUCCUCAAGAGAAUAGGCGGUCUUCCUUGCAAGAAGCUAGGAAGUGAUCACUUAGCUCUGGUUUCAGAAUUCGCCUUCACAGAAGUAACUAAAGAAGCCACCGAAACAGAUUAAUCUGCAAGCUCAGCAUCUCCUAAGGUGAAUAAUAUCCAUCCUUGUUUCCGAAUUAUCCUUGAUUUGUCGCCUCUGAUGAGAACAAUGCAUCACUCCUUCCCUCUCUGGUAACAUAGAUGGAUGGAAUUCUACUAUGAAGCUUGCAUAGGCGGAACGAGCCGGUGAUGGCUAUUUCAGUUUAAUCUUAUAUAUAUCUAGUUUGAAAUUUGUUCAGAACAAGAACCACCAUUCCUUUGAACUUUUUCCUCUCUUCUUAAUUUUUUUUAUUUUUAUUUUGAGUGAGACAAAUUUAAGGUAUGAGAUUCAAAGUUUUUCGUUUUUCUUACUUUUUUUAAUCGGUCUGUAUCUGUUUUAACUUAGAUUUUUUUUUUUUUGGUCGAACGCUUCUCAUUCUGCAGCUUUUUUGUUUUCCUUCGGUAAGUCUUUGGUUAAGGGCAAGGUUGUCAAACCGGUUUAUGCCAGUGUGCCGGUUUAGCAAGUGGAAUGGUUCAACCGGUGGCAUAUACCUGUUUGUGCCGGUUCAUACCGGUCAAUAUUACUAUUAAAAUUAUAAAUACUCAUAUUUAAACAUGACAUUUAACGUCAAUACCUAAGCAUUUAUACUUGAAUCCAACAAAUAACAUCAAUAUUUAAUUUUUAUACUCAUAAAAUAAAUAAUAAAAUAAUUUUUAUCAAUUAAAUUCUCUAAAAUAAAGUCAUUUUACUUAGAGAUUCGUAUAUCGAUCAUGCCGGUCAUACCGGUGGUGUCACGCCGGUUUUAUGACCGGUACCGGUUGAACCCGGUACAACCGGUGGCACGCUGGCCGGCGUGACAACCAUGGUUAAGGCGAAUUUGUAUUAAAAACAAUUGUCACGUCACCAUAGAAAUCAAGAGGAUAUAAUUGACUGCCAAGUAAGACUGGAUGAACGAAAUUGGAGAAUCAUUAACUUAUGAUGAAAUUGAGUAUAAAGUGAAUAGCUAAUAAACAAGAAAAUUUAUUUCUAUCUCAAACGAAAAUAAUUGAUAAAUUUUUAGUUAUGUUUGUAAUUCAGCGAACGAAUAUGAGAUAAGGGGUUGGAAAGAUUAUUAACAAACAUACAAUGAUAAAGCCGUCCCGCCAAAAUUGGGUCAGCUUCUUGACAUCAUUUCCUGACAUUACAUGACAACCACCAAAGCUUCUGUCCAAUAUUUCCAAACAACUGCCCAAAAAAGUUAAACACCGUUACUAUAACUGUAAAAAUAAUGACUACAAUUAUGAUUUUGUACUCAUAAAAAAAACUGAAAAAUACGUCUAUAAUUACAAAAAGUGAAAAAACUAAUAACUACAACUAAAUUUUAUUAAUUAAAUUCUCUAAAAUAAAGUCAUUUUACUUAAAAGAUUCGUAUGCCGAUCAUACCGGCGGUGUCACGCCGGUUUUAUGACCGGUACCAGUUGAACCCGGUACAACCGGUGACACCCCGGCCGGCGUGACAACCAUGCAACCAAUUAAUUAAUUUUUGGUUUAGUUUGUUGAUGAUGAGGUAUUGCCGGCGAUUAACGGAGUUUGGCCUCCGUCCGGCAUAAACAAUGAUCAUUAUUAAUGGUCGUAUUCCGCCCUAACCAGUAACCAUCAUGAAUCUUGUGGUUGUUCAGUUAUAUUAUUUGCUUGAUAUUUAAUAGGAGUACAUGUACAUCACAUGAAAAGGAGCAUAUUAUUGUGACAGAGUCGUUGGACCCUAAUCACCGAUAUUAUAAUUUCAACAAACAAUUUUUUAAGUU